AGCAAACGCACCCCUCACCGAAAACUUUUUUUCUACCUCGUGUCUUUUUUGGAGUUCGUUUGGUGUCUCUAUCUUUCCUUUUUCUGUCUUUCCCCGCAUUGUUCUCUUCCAGCCGUAUUCUACGUUUAAAAAAGAAAACGAAGAAUCUCCUGCAUCGCGAUGACGCUGCGCACCCGAUUUGAGAGCUCCGACGACAUCGGCGUGUUCUCGCGUCUGACGAACGCGUACUGCCUCGUGGCCGCUGGCGCGUCGCAGAACUUCUACUCCGUCUUUGAGCAGGAGCUGGCGAACCACAUCCCGGUUGUAUACACCUCCAUCGGCGACUCCCGCGUCAUCGGCCGUCUCGUGAUCGGCAACCGCCACGGCCUGCUCGUGCCGUCCAUCACGACUGAUCAGGAGUUGCAGCAUCUGCGCAACUCCCUACCCGACUCGGUCAAGGUCCAGCGCGUCGAGGAGCGUCUGUCCGCCUUAGGCAACUGUGUUGUGUGCAACGACCACGUAGCUCUCAUCCACACCGACCUGAGUCGAGAAACGGAGGAGAUGAUACGUGACACGCUGCAGGUGCAGACCUUCCGCACGUCGAUCGCCGAGAACGCGCUCGUCGGUAGUUACGCGGUAGCGACGAAUAAGGGUUGUAUGGUGCACCCCAAGACGCCGGCACAGGACAUGGACGAGAUCUCCUCGCUGCUGCAGGUGCCGGUGGUGGCCGGCACGAUCAACCGCGGUAACGCCGCCAUCGGCUCCGGCCUAGUCGUGAAUGACUGGGCGGCCUUCUGCGGGUUGAACACGACGGCGACGGAGAUUACCGUCGUGGAGCGCAUCUUCCAGCUGCGGCGCGAGGCCGCUGGUGGCGAGGAAGGCAACCUGCUCCAGAACGUGCGCGAAACCUUGGUGGAUGAACUGGCGUAG